AUGAUAAAAAUUUAAAAUAAUUCAUAGCUUUGUAAAUUACUUUUAUGUUAUUAAUCAUUUUGGAAGGAAAUAUUCCGAGCAAUAAAUCAGACAGAUUUUACCAGUUACACAAGUAAUGUUUAGGUCAUUGAGGUUGGUCAUACUGCUUAAAAUUUACUGUUGUUUCCUGUGAUCCUGUGUUGUUAGUGUUUGCAGUUUUUAGUGAAUUUAUUAAAUUAUUGUGAAUUUUUAAGAAAUAUAUAAGUUUUUUAGCCUUUGGGCUUGCAUUUUAAUCAUGGCAAAACGAUACGGACCCGGUGAUAAAGUAUUCGCUAAAGUCAGAGGCUACCCACCUUGGCCCGCGCGAGUAGAAGGAGUCGCUGACGAGACGCCUAACAAAAUGAAAUAUCAUGUAUUUUUUUACGGUACUCGCGAAACAGCAAUUUGCAAAACAGAAGAACUCUUCUCUUAUAUUGAUAAUCGUGAAAAGUUUGGCAAGCCUAUGAAGAAGCGUGGUUUUAAGGAAGGUAUCGAACAAAUUGAGCAAGAGUUGGGAUUAACCCCAAAAGCUCGUCCCGCCAAUCUCAAUACUAGCACAGCUAGCAUAACCCCAUCUGAGAACGACAGUGAUAUCGAAGGAAAUCUUGUUAUCGACGAAGCUCCUCACGGAAAUUCAACGCAAAAGAAGACUCCUAAGGCAGGAUUAACAACACCCAGUCCAAAAGUGAGUGCUACAAAAGCAUCCAAACGAAAGGCAGCUGAAGUUGACAAGUCUGCAGAACCUGAAGCAAAGAAGAGACAAGAUACAACGCCAUCUUCGGCUGAAGCAUCUCAUGACAGUUCAAUUGAUGAGUCAUCUGUAAAAUCAAGAUCUGGACGAAAAAUUAGACCAAAAAAAUUUGCUGAUCAAGAGGGAGCUGAAUCGACAGAAGGAGAAUCUACAAAGGCAAGUACUGAUACUUCUAAGGAAAAAAAAGGACAAAAAGACAUGAUUUGUAGUGUUGAAUCUUCUAUUGACAAUGUGUUGACAGCUUUAACACCCGGUGGCCAGGAAGUGAAAAUAGACUUGAAUAAAAAUAAACCAGAAUCUUUCAAAAGCGAUAAAGCUAGGCUUCAGUGGCACGCAGAAAGUUUGAAAAAAGCUCUUGCAUUGAAAACCAAGAUUGAAUCCGGCGAAAUAAUUCCUGAAGGGAUUAAAAAAGAGCUAGAAGAAAUACACCAUUCAAGACUUAAAGUGAUAGAAGAAAUGGGUAAAGGAUGCUCGGCAGAAGACAACGACUUUAAACUGGAAUAUUUAAGGAUUGAAGCACAGCUUUUAGAUAUUGAUGUGCACAUCCGUGGAAGUCUUAAUCUUGUUCGUGCUGACCCGGAUAAUUGUUUGAGGCUACUUGAUGAAAUGAUGGAAAUCCAACUCACACCUUUAAUGCUGAAGAAGCAUCCCGAAUGCGUGGAAACUAUUAAGAAGCUGCGUAAGUACAUCGGAAACACAUCACGAUGGAACAUGGAUGAGGAGGCCGUCCAGAACUUUACAUCAAAGGCUUCAAUGAUUCGGACCAAGGCGGAGUACGUAUACAAUAAACUCAAGUCCUUGUUUACUGUCCCUGACGGUAAAACUUUCCGAGAGGCUUUUGCUGAAGAAGUAAAAGCUUUCAGCAAAAGAACUGAAAACUUGUCCGUCGACGAAGUUUUCCGACUCACCAAGGACCCGACACCAACGGCGGCGUCUCCUAACAAAGAGGCAACCGGUAAAGAGGAGUAGGAAUCAUAUCUGGUAGGAGUAAAGGGGAAAUUCUUCAUUGAUUCAUAAAGGGAAACGAAUUGACAGUUCUAAUCUUAAGCAUUACUCUGCAAUUAGCAUUUUUCAAAAUAUAUCUCAUAUUGAUCAAUUUUACUUUAAAAUAUUUCGAAUUGAGUUGAUAAGCUGAUGGCCUUCAAUAAGUGUUUUUCAAAAUAUUACCUCUGUGUCCACAAUGUCUUACCGUACUAUCUUAUCAACUACAAGACCAUACUGUCUUAUUAACGUACUAUCUCACUGUUUUAUCAGCGUUCUUAUUAUUUUCAAAACUUGUGAAUAUUUUAUCCAUUCAAUUAGAAAUUUCAUCUAUGUUUAACUACAGUAAACAUUAAAAUGUACGUUCGUCAGCUACUACUAUCCUCUCAAACUGUUUGAUGUUCCCUGAUAAAUAGAUGUUUGUAUAAUCUUAUACUUUAUUAGGUCAAUUCACGUAGUAAUUGUAAAUAUUUUUAGGAGAUUGGUGAUGUCUUGCGAACACAGUAUGAUUAACUGUAGGCAUAUCUCUACUGUAUCAUGACUGUUCCUAUUGCAAUCAUAUUAUUUAUCACAAACUAAAGAUGGUGUAACAACAUUAUUAUUGUAAGAAGUUACCUUUCGUUUUGUUUUUCAAUCAAUUAUCAAGUGGUUUGCUUUCUUAAUGAGUAUUACUCAUCUCCAAAUCAAAUAUUUCAUUUUGAAUCAUUAAAUUUUUGUAUCAAAAAA